UGAGCUGGAGGAGAGGAGCCAAGCUGGACUUUAUGCAAACAGACUGUCAGAAAAGAGCAGCCUGGGCUAUUUGGAAAUCUGAGCCAUGGAUUUCCCUCAGCACAGCCAGCACGUCUUGGAGCAGCUGAACCAGCAGAGGCAGCUGGGGCUUCUGUGUGACUGCACCUUUGUGGUUGACGGUGUCGACUUUAAGGCCCAUAAGGCGGUGCUGGCGGCCUGCAGUGAGUACCUCAAGAUGCUCUUUGUGGACCAGAAGGACGUGGUGCACCUGGACAUCAGUAACGCGGCAGGCCUGGGGCAGGUGCUGGAGUUUAUGUACACAGCCAAGUUGAGCCUGAGCCCUGAGAACGUGGACGAUGUGCUGGCCGUGGCCAGCUUCCUCCAGAUGCAGGACAUCAUCACGGCCUGCCAUGCCCUUAAAUCACUCACUGAGCUAUCUGCCAGCCCUGGGGAAAAUGCGGAGGCCUCAGCCAUGGAAGGAGGGGACAAAAGAGCCAAAGAGGAGAAGGCUGCUGCCACCACGCUGAGCAGGCUGGAUCAAGCGGGAGGCAUUCCACCCACAGGCCCAGGAAUGGAUCUCAAAGAGGAGCGAGGUGGCCAGGCCAAGAGUGUGGCCAGUGGUGCAGAGCAGACAGAGAAGGCUGAUGCCCCUCGGGAACCCCAACCUGUGGAGCUCAAGCCGGACCCCACAAGUGGCAUGGCUGCUGCGGAAGCCGAGGCUGCCUUGUCAGAGAGCUCGGAGCAAGAAAUGGAGGUGGAGCCGGCCAGGAAAGGGGAGGAGGUGCGAGAGGAGGAGGACACAGGGCCUGCUGUGGUCAAGGAAGAGGGGCCCCUGCUGGAGAAUGGAGAGGCCACCGAGGAGAAUGAGGAAUCCGCGGGCACAGACUUUGGGCAGGAGCUCGGCACCGACGCCCAGAGCCUGCGCUCAGGCACCUAUGGCGACCGCACAGAGUCCAAGGCCUACGGCUCCGUCAUCCACAAGUGUGAGGACUGUGGCAAGGAGUUCACGCACACAGGGAACUUCAAGCGGCACAUCCGCAUCCACACUGGCGAGAAGCCCUUCUCGUGCCAGGAGUGCAGCAAGGCCUUCUCCGACCCAGCCGCGUGCAAGGCCCACGAGAAGACGCAUAGCCCGCUGAAGCCGUACGGCUGUGAGGAGUGCGGCAAGAGCUACCGGCUCAUCAGCCUGCUGAACCUGCACAAGAAGCGGCACUCGGGUGAGGCGCGCUACCGCUGCGAGGACUGCAGCAAGCUCUUCACCACCUCGGGCAACCUCAAGCGGCACCAGCUGGUGCACAGCGGUGAGAAACCCUACCAGUGCGACUACUGCGGUCGCUGCUUUUCCGACCCCACGUCCAAGAUGCGCCACCUGGAGACCCACGACACUGACAAAGAGCACAAGUGCCCACACUGUGACAAGAAGUUCAACCAGGUGGGGAACCUGAAGGCCCACCUGAAGAUCCACAUCGCGGACGGGCCCCUCAAAUGCCGAGAGUGUGGGAAGCAGUUCACCACCUCAGGGAACCUCAAGCGGCACCUGCGGAUCCACAGCGGGGAGAAGCCCUACGUGUGCGUCCACUGCCAACGGCAGUUCGCAGACCCCGGCGCUCUGCAGCGGCACGUCCGCAUCCACACCGGUGGGCGAGCGCGUCCUGCACUGCGGGGGCAGGCGGAGGGGGUGCUGGGGAGGAGCUCAGGAGGAGCAGGGCCCAACGCCUUCGCCUCCCCGUCCCCAGGUGAGAAGCCGUGCCAGUGUGUGAUUUGCGGCAAGGCCUUCACCCAGGCCAGCUCCCUCAUUGCGCAUGUGCGCCAGCACACCGGCGAGAAGCCCUACGUCUGCGAGCGCUGCGGCAAGAGGUUCGUCCAGUCCAGCCAGUUGGCCAAUCAUAUUCGCCACCACGACAACAUCCGCCCACACAAGUGCAGUGUGUGUAGCAAGGCCUUUGUGAAUGUGGGGGACCUGUCCAAGCAUAUCAUCAUCCACACUGGAGAGAAGCCUUACCUGUGUGACAAGUGUGGUCGUGGCUUCAACCGGGUGGACAACCUACGUUCCCAUGUGAAAACCGUGCACCAGGGCAAGGCAGGCAUCAAAAUCCUGGAGCCAGAGGAGGGUGGUGAGGUCAGCGUGGUCACUGUCGAUGAUAUGGUCACGUUGGCCACCGAGGCACUGGCAGCAACAGCCGUCACUCAGCUCACAGUGGUGCCAGUGGGGGCUGCAGUGACAGCCGAUGAGACGGAAGUCCUGAAAGCUGAGAUCAGCAAAGCUGUGAAGCAAGUGCAGGAAGAAGACCCCAACACCCACAUCCUUUACGCCUGUGACUCCUGUGGGGACAAAUUCCUGGAUGCCAACAGCCUGGCACAGCAUGUGCGGAUCCACACGGCCCAGGCGCUGGUCAUGUUCCAGACGGAUGCAGACUUCUACCAGCAGUAUGGGCCAGGCAGCACGUGGCCAGCUGGGCAGGUGCUGCAGGCUGGGGAGCUGGUCUUCCGCACUCGGGACGGGGCUGAGGGCCAGCCCACACUGGCAGAGACUCCCCCCCCAGCUCCUGAAUGUCCACCGCCUGCUGAGUGAACCGGUGGCCCUUCUCCUGUUUAUUUAAGGACAGAUGGCACCCUAGAACUGAGAAGGGUAGUCUGUUCCCUAGAGAGAAUAAAUUUGAUUUUUUCUAA